GCGUCGAUCCGCCCGCGACGUAACGCGCACAGGAGCCGUCAACGUGUUUACCUGAACGGCGAGGAGACAACGGAGCGAGCCAAUGUCCUCUUUAACCGUUCAUCACACUCCUCUCGUCUCCAGAGCAGUGAUUACACAAACGGCGGAAAGGAAACGGUGUGUGAAACGCGAUCUGCCCGACAGAAGCGAGAGAGACGAGGCGCCCAGCACACGCAACAGCAAAUGGCAACUUGUGCAGUAAGGAGUUUUAGCAGUGUGCCGGAGGCAACCUCGGAUUCAGAUGAUGAAGACAAACUGCACAUUGUUGAGGAGGACAGUAUUCCUGAUGAUCCUGACCAAAAGGCCUCAGUAUUCCAACUCAAAUCAGCACAACAGCUCUCUAGUGCAUGCACAGAGGAUGCAGAUGGCAGACUGGGGCCAGAUGCUAUGAUAGAAGAAAUAAGGGUCAAAGAGGAGUGUGUCACUGAGGAGGAGGCAGAUGAUGAUGUUGAUGAGGAAGUGGCCGGUCAGGAAAAACAGGCGGAAACUACGAGUAUUUACCCAGAUGCCCCAGAGGAGCACCAGAGCACGCCAGAGAGAGGGGUCCAUGAUGAGAACGGUACCCCGGAUGCAUUCUCUUAUCUGCACACUUGUCCACACUGUUCUCGUGGUUACAAGCGUCACACUUCUUUGAAGGAACACAUUAAACUGCGGCAUGAAAAGAGUGACGAUAACUACUGCUGUUCCAUCUGUAGCUACACCUUCACCUACCGCACACAACUCGUCCGUCACAUGACCUCACACAGACAUGUCCGGGAGCAGCGGACUAUUUCUCAGUCUGGUGGAAACAGAAAAUUCAAAUGUACAGAAUGUUCCAAGGCCUUCAAAUACAAACAUCACCUGAAAGAGCACCUGCGCAUUCACAGUGGUGAGAAGCCAUAUGAGUGCUCUAACUGCCAGAAGCGUUUUUCACACUCUGGGUCCUACAGCUCACACAUCAGCAGUAAGAAGUGUGCAGGCGGGAACCCAGUCAACAGUAUGCCUCGCAUGCCUGGAGUGAAAGCAGACAUUACCCUCUCUCACCCCACACACAUUCUUCUGAGAGAGAAGGUGGACAUUACCAACAAGCCUCUACAAGAGCAACUCCCCCUGAAGCAGAUCAAACAAGAGCCUGUUGAACAUCAACCCAAAGCUGUGUCAGCAACACCAACUAUAACCACCAAUGGAGUUGCAGCCACAAAUGCUCAAGGCGUUGUGCAGACUUUGGUCGUGCCCACUGUCGGGCUAGUCCAGCCAAUCAGCAUCAAUCUUAGUGACUUACAGAAUGUGCUGAAUAUGGCAAUGGAUGGUAAUGUUCUUAGGCAGGUGUUGGCUAGUGCCAAUGUAAAUGGAACGAACACCAAAAUUUUAGGCCAAGUGCAAACGCAGACACAAGCAGUUGUGUUGCAGCCGCAGCAGGCACAGCCACAGGUGAUCUCUGCCAUCUCUCUGCCGGUUGUGGGACAAGAUGGAAAUGCCAAAAUUAUAAUCAAUUACAGCCCCCAAUUAGACUCACAACUCAAUGCAGUUAAAGUAAACGCAACACAGCCUGUUGUGACACAGCCCACUGCGGCACAAGCCGUUACGGCACAGGAAAAAUCUACUGUGUCUGAUGUCACACAGCCAAAAGUGGUGCAGGUUCAUUCAGCACAGUCCAACUUGACUGAAACCCAAACAUCAAGUAUUCUCAAUGCAAAACCUACACAGGUAAAUAUCAUCAAACCAGUCCAAGCCGGAAACCCCACCAAACCUACAUCGAUCAUCAGACUAACCCCCGCACAGGCUACCAGGUUGGCCCAAGCCCGUGCGGCACAACCAAAGCUCACCCAGCAAUCUUUACUGUUGGUGAGGAGAGCAGAUGGAACACAGAGUCUCGUGGUUCGACAAGUAGCUAUUGCCAAUCCCAACACACAGGGCAAUUCAACAGUGGAGACAAAGCCCACAGAGACAAAAUCAACCCCAGAAAAGACUACAAAUACAGUGCUUGUACCACAAACUGAGAGGAGAGAGACAACGGAAAAUACGAGUUCCUUAGAGUCUGAUGUUUGUAAACAAAACCUGAUAGCCAAUGUGCCAUCGAGCAUCAAAAUCAAAACUGAACCUGAUUCUCCAUCUAAGAUUGAGACUGAAAUGGAGAGGGAGGGAGAGAAAGAUAUGGAGACAGAGGGAAAUAAAGAGAAAGGGAAACAAUCUGCAAAUAACACAGUUUCACACUCGGGAACAGUUCACAGUGGUGUUGCGUGUGGAGACAACUUCCAUAACUAUGCAAGUUGUUUGCUUUGCGACAGUGGCCCAAGCAAACUUAAACUCCUUGACUCUCUGAAUGGUGACACUAAUGGGUCGCCUAAAACUAUCUCUCUGUCCUCUCUACUGGAUAAGGAUAAGAGUGGAGCAGCAGAGCGCCUCCUUCCUCUCCUGAAGGCCUAUAGUCAGGACCCUCAUCCCACUGAGGAGCAGCUGUCUCAGGUUGCCAAGUCAGUUAAGCUGCCUCUAGAGGCGGUUAGCAAGUGGUACAAGAGGAUGCGUUCCAAGAAAAUCUUGCUCAAGGCUGCAAGCAACCUGAAAAACAGCCAAAAGACCAAGGAAAAUACCCCAUGUGACCCCACGGAUGCGUCUCAAGAAAAGAACUCAACCCAAGACACCUGCGAUGCUAUUCAAGCUCUUGAUGGCACCUCAAAGGAAACCCAAAAUAGAACCCUCAGUGCCACUUCACCUGACUCAUCUACAACCAAUUUCUCCACCGAUGAUCUUGUCAUUGUAAAGACAGAAGACUUAGAGGAGGAGUUGCAGUCUGAGCCACUGGACCUCUCGGUCCCUAAGUCCAGCCCUACUCAAGCCAACACCACCACUAAGCAGCCAAUCUCCAACCAAAAGGAGCCGCUCAACUUGGCCUGCCUCAAGAAACAAUCGUUGCCAGGCAACACCAUCUAUGUGGCUCAGGCCGGCACGAGUCCAUUAAACAUUGUGACGGGGCCAUUGCAAACACUGGUUGCCAUAGCAGAGCCAGGCGGUGUUCCGUGCAUCGGAGCCACAUUAUCCACCAACAAACAAACUAUCCUCAUCCCUCAGCUCACCUACACCUACACCACCAACUCUAAUAUCAAGACAACUGAUAAUGCCUCGGCAGGUACAAAGGGGACGGUGAUACUCAACAACUGUCUGAAUGUGGCGGACACUGCUUCUGACUGUCUGUCAGGGGUAGAGGACCUGAAUGAUGAAGAUGUACCUCUCAUGAAGAAGAAGAGGAAGACUUCCAGUGGCCUAUACGCCUGCAAUCUGUGUGAUAAAAUCUUCCAGAAGAGCAGCUCACUGCUGCGACACAAGUAUGAACACACAGGUAAGCGACCUCAUGCGUGUGUCAUCUGUAAAAAGGCCUUUAAACACAAGCAUCACCUAAUCGAGCACACACGACUACACUCCGGAGAGAAGCCCUACCAGUGUGAUAAGUGUGGGAAACGCUUCUCGCACUCCGGGUCUUAUUCUCAGCACAUGAACCACAGAUACUCCUACUGCAAGAGAGACACCUAUGAGCCACCAGAACAGAACAGCACCUCCACACCUCCCUCUCAGCUUGACUCUGAUGAGAGAGAGAGCGAUGGAGAGGAGGAGGAAGAGGUGGAUUUCUCUGGUCUGGACAUGAGUGAUAUACGGGUUGUUCGAGUAGGAGAGGAAUAUGAGGAUGAGAGUGUAGGAGGAGAAGACGACCAGGAAAGCAGACAUGAGGAACACGAGACUGAGAAAAGCAGGUAUGAGGAACACGAGACUGAGGAAGGAGAAAUGGUGAUGGAGGUGGAGCCUGGAGAUAUUGACACUUUACAGGAGAAAGUGCGGGAAACCGUGGAAAUGGAGGAUGCCAUGGAAACUGAGGAAUCAAUGGAGGUGUCAGGCAAUGCAGAAGAGGACAGAAAUUUCUCUAAUAAUGAAGAGAACACAGAGAUGACAACAGAGAAGCAACAAAAUGUCUGAAGGAGAUAAAGGAGAUCUUUCAUUCAGGUGGGACUAAGGAAAGAGAGAAACCUCUUCAUCAUAAACUUACAAUUGUCAGUUGCUAUGGAUACUGUGUAUAAAACCCAGGUGUGCCUGAUUUACAAACAACAUUUUCCUUGUUUUAAAAAAAAAGUAUUCAACUAUAACAAGGAAAAAAAAAAAAAAAUCCCAACAUGACUAGACUUCUUAGGACUCAAAAGUUUGUUUUGCUUUGAUUUGUUACUGAACCGCCCCUGGUAUGUCAAUUUAUCAGUGUUCACGUCUUUUUUUGUUGCUCUCUCUUGUUUCACUGUAUGUACAGUCAGAUUUCUAUAUCUUUAUAUUGCCAAUGAAGUUUACGAAAACAGUAUUUUAAAGUUUUGAGAAACAAAACUGAAUUCUGCACUGCAGGUAUAACUGGUUUACUUACAGCGGUGAAUCUCUAAAAACAAAAUGUCAUCUUUAAAAAAUAUAUAAUUUAAAUUUUUUUUUGCAACGUGCCAUUUUCAUUACAAAUAAACACAUUCCUGUCCCCCUCCCAACUGUAAAAAAAAAAAAAAAAAACAAUACUUUAAUGCGAUGUUCAGAGAUUUGGUGAAAGAUUUAGAGGGAAAGUACAGUAUACAAUUAUUAAUUUUUUCAUUUAAGUAUAAUUUAGCAUCGCAUACAGCAGGCAAAUGCGCAAAGGAAAAUCAAUUUGUGGUAUUCAAGUAGGUUUUUUUUUUACUUGUCGACUAGGUGCAGAACAAGUACUCAAUUAGUCGAUUACUCGUGCACAUCCCUAAUUGGGUAUGAUCAUUUUUUUUUUCCUGCAUUGGAGUAAUGACAGUUUGGGAGGGAAAUGUUCUUAACUGUCAAGAAAAUAUCGCAAAUAUUUUAAAAAAUAAGCUUUAUUAUCUUUAUACAAAAUAUAACUUCUUAUAUUUUUUUCUCUUAAUUGGGGUGCAAUAUGACGCAGACAUUUCUUCAUGAGAUUCACCCUUGGAUACUUAAUGCCUCAAGUUUAAGAUACCAUUCAGUAUUAUUAUUUUGUUAACCAGGCAGGUUCUUGUUAGUAUUGCCUCUUGUUUUGCCAUCUGACUGUUUGUCUGCCUUAUGAAUGAAAUUAGAUUGCACUUCACUAUUUAGAACUCAUCUAUAAAGAUUAAGAAAUAAUUGAGAAACAAAUCAGAUGAAUCAUUACUCACCAAGAUCUUCAUAGGAAUGCUUUUUGCCAUUUAUCGAUAUAUUAAUUGGCAUUUAAACUAUCACUUGUAACAAGCUACUCAUUUUAAUAAUUUUGUUUGUAACAAGCACUCCAAAAUAUUUGUCAGUUACUGUUUAAAAAAAAAAAAAAGAAACAGAAUGGAUCUUUAAAGACGGUUUCUUUAAAUUAUUAUGUGACUUUUCAUAAUCAUGACGCCAAAACCUUCAGUCAGGGAAAAGUGUUUGUUGUCUCAACCUGUAAGCCAGUUUUAUGUAUGUCAUUUCAUUUACCUUUGUGUGGCUGUGUUGUAAUGUGUCAGUCUGUGUGUUGGUGUUCAUAGAAGAUGCUCUAAGGAACUGCACACCCACAGCCUUAUGCAAGACCGCCCAGCUGUAAGUGCCAUUCACCGAUUUUAACAUAGUUAGCUGCUCCACAGUCAGACUGGACAAUUUAGACUUUGUUAACUGACCAAUAACUUAAAUAAGAUAAAAUGUAAACACUGGUCAAUAAUCCAACAACAUAAAUUUUAGAUACAUAGUUGUCAAAAGAUAAAAUGUAACACUGCCCCCUACCUGUCAUAAUCAAAAUGGCACACCAUUAAAUGGUGCGAGUGGCUUUACAUAGCGCUCCUACAGAUUUUCAGUGUUAAGAAGUGUUAAUGGUUUGUGAAGUGAGCAGUACUUGUUGUUCGCUCUAUUAAAUCAAUUUUAUGAAGUUUUGUCAAGAUAUCUUUAUUCAGAAUUCCAAACAUUUUCUGCUUUAGACCAUUUUUUAUUAUCCUCGUUUUUGAAACCAUUUGAUAAAACAAAUAGCUGAACUAAGUAAUGAAUCGCAAAGCUAAAAAUUAUUUCACCAAGCUACAAUUGGGGUAUAGGAUUGAAUAAAUAAAGUGAGUGUACAGCUGAAGGCCUCCAACCCUUUUUAUCCAUUUAGAUAAUGUUUUCACUCAUUUAUUAAUGAUUAUGAAGGUGCAUUGCUGAGUAGCUACAAUACAUUCUUGCAUCCCAAAAUCACCCAAUAUGACUAAAAGCCCUAUUUUAUUUUAUAGCAGGCAAAUAUAGACAGUAUGUGAAAUGACUGCAAAGGAAAGAUACACUAGUGAGUAUAGGAAAGCAAAUCUCUCUCUUUUGUUGGUUAGAGGAGGCCACGAUAAAAGCAGCACUUUGUCGAGGCGUAUAGAAUAAAAAAAAAAUGUUGAUUAUGUCAGCAGUAUUAUUCUUUUCAAUGAAUUUCUAAUUGUUUAUUCUUUUUGUGUAUGCAUGUGUAUAUUGUGUCUGAUUGUACCAUCAGUAUUAUUAUCAGUGACAAAUGUGUUUCAUUUUUAGAACCUUUUUAUAUGUCUUAUUUUUGUAUUGCUUUAUUUAUUUCAUGUGUAAUACACAAUACUGUAGUUUAACACAAUUCUAUAUUUUAGAAUUAAUCUCAGUGCCACGAAGGAGUUUAAACCCUGAUAUACAGUAUGUAAAGCUGAACUUGACAGUAUUAGUUUUAUAAUUUCACGUUAUUUUAUACUACCACAGAGCGAGUCAGAAGGCCAUCAUGCAAUCAUUGGAAACCAUUGCCAGUUUAGUUAAAUCCAGAACUUUUUAAACAGUUUCACAGUAAUUAACUGACCCUUAAACCUGUGAUAAAGAGCAUGAAUUUAUGUUGUUGUACUGUUGUUGAAAUUGCCAUUCUGAAACCAAAAUUCGUCAACCCAUUUUAUCUAUGUUUGUUUUAAUUUGUGCCAACUUUGCAUUGUGUAUAAAUGUCAAAUUUUCCACAAGGUUAUGAUAAAUCCAUAAUUUGUUGAAUUUUUCGUCCUUUGUUUCUUUUUAUGAUUCCCCAUAAAAUAAAAUGAAGUGAAGCACCA